CACUGGGCGGCUGGGGAUGUGGCAGAGGAGGGCGGUCAGGCGGUGGGUGACCUGGGAUCUGGAAGGGUGGUGCUGCCGGCGGGCGUGGAGGCAGAGCGGCAGCAGCGGCAGCCGGACCCUAGUCAGCAAAGGGAGGCGGGUUCCCAACAGCAGCAGCGGCGGUGGCGGGGUGAGGAGGCGGCUGGCGGCAGGGGGCCAGCUCCCAACCUGCCCACCAGGCCACCCCACGCGCUCACACCACAGCAGCCUAGCUUGGGAGCAGCGAGAGGAGGAGGAGGAGGGGUUAGCGGUGGUGGUGGAGGUGGUGGUCAGCGCCAGACCACAUUGGACGGCUUCCUGCAGCGCCCCGCCACCCCCGGUACCGGUCACCAGCAGCAGCAGCAGCGGCAGCACCAUCACGAUGCUGGGGAUCUGCGGGCUUGCAAGGGGAAGGAGCAGCAGCGGCAGCACCAACAGCAGCAGGUGGAGGGUGAGGGGGGCGGUGGGCGGUGUGUGGCAUCACCGUCGCAGUCCGGGAUGUCUGCGGUGCGGCUGCGGCGGCUGGGGAGGUCAACGAAGGAGGAGGAGGAGGAGGAGGUACCCGCCCCGCCGGCCGGUAGGUAUGGAGGAGGACUGGGGGGCGGGUCGGAGGUUGAAGGACCGGCAGCAGCAACAGCCGGUGCGGACUUGCAGCAGCAGCAACAGCAGUCGUGGAAGCGGCGGCAGCAGCAGCGGCGGUGUGAUUCGAUCUGCACUGCGGGGACGGAGGCGGUCACAAUGAUACAUGGCAGCUCCUCCGUCCCUUCCCCUGCCUCCCAGCCCUCACCCUCCGCGUUGCCCGCCUCCGCACCCGCAACCACCACCCCAGCCACCACCGUUACCACGACCACCUCCCAGCAGCAGCAGCAGUGUCAGCAGCACCGGCCGCCGCCUCCCUCCCACCCAGCUGCCGGCACCCCCAUGCAGCUGCGCCCGCUGCCAGGCAGGCGGAGGUUCCGAGAGCGGGAUGUGGCGCAUGACGACCCUCUGUUCGCGGGCUUCAGCGAGUGGGUGCAGGUGGUGCCCACCGCUACCGGGGUGGCGGCGGCUCGACCGCCCGCCCGCCCCGGCAUCUACGAGUGGGGCGCGGUGCCGCCCGGAGGGGCGCAGCAGGGCGUGCUGGCUUUCUACCUGGGGAAAGCGGGUGGCGGCGGCAGUCGUGAGACCCUGCGCUCGCGCUUCAGCAAGUACGCGGCCGCCAGCCGGCCGCUGCUGGGACCCAAGGAGGCCAUGCAGGCUGCGGCCCGGGCAGCGAGGGAGGCGCGGGAGAGGCAGCAGCAGCAGCUGUUGGAGCAGGCGGCGGGCGGGGGGCAGGCGUGCGAGCAGUCCCAGCAGCAGCAGAGGGGGUGCAAGGCGGGAGGCGGCAGGGGCGGUGGUGGCGGCAAGCGGGGGGAGCGGGUGCAGGUGUAUGAGGGGAGGAAGGCGGAGCUGUGGAGGCAGCUGCAGUCGCGCGGAUUUGCGCUGUACUACAGGUACCGGGUGUGUGAGGGCGAUGAUGACGCGGUGGCGGCUGAGAGGGCCAUCCAUGACCGGGUCAACUACGCGGGGUGCCUGGUCCACAACGGCAGCUACCGGCCGCUGCUGCUGGGGGCGGGGCGGCGACUGCAGGACUUCCCCGUGCUGCGACCCGAGCUGGAGGACCCGGAGGGCCCCGCGCCCAGCGGACCCGCGGGAGCCACUCGCAGCCGCACGCGGCACCUGCAGCUGCGGCAGCAGCGGGGCUAGUAGCAGGGGGGGGGGUUACCGGGGACAGGAGCAGCAGCGGUGGUUUUCAUGGAUUACCG